AUCUGGGUGGCCAACUUCAUUUUCGAAUCCAUAUCGGAACAAUCCCCAUCCUUGAUAACACAAACCAUACAUCUUGUUCUUUAUACGUCAGCCACUUAUUUGAUUGCCCUUCUGCUCAACUCCAUACCUCGAAGGGAACUUCAAUACUCCCAUCGCCUCAACCACCCCGUGAAGUCGCAAUACCAUCCAGUAAUACCUCAAACAUCAAAUAUUCCCCCUUCGGGUCACCGACCUUCCGUCUACAUUUGAACUCAGGACCCUUUUCAGGCGUGACGUCUGGCGUGAGACUGCUACGUCAGUCAAGCCCUGAAGGUACGUGUCUGGCUAAUUUGCAUACGGCGCAUCACAUCCAUCGUCUCUAUUCGAACUCUCCAUUCAUCAUGUCCUUUCCGCCACCUCCAGGUCUGAAGCAAGCACCGUCUUCGCUGCCACCGCGGCCACCAAAUACAGCAUCCCCUUCCCCUGCAUCGUUUCAGCCCGCAUACUCGGCUGCGCCAUCGUAUUCGUCCGCAGGGACCAGCAAUGGAUAUGGCAGCAGCGGGCCUCGGACAGGCUACAAUGCUUUCACAGCAUUUGCGCCACGCUCCGUAGCUUCUAGUCAACCUUACCGUACCAGCAGCCCCGUCGUAUCUGCUCCACCAGCCGCCUCAGCCGGAUACUCCACCCCCACUACGGCAGGCUACGGUAGCUACUAUUCGCAGCCACAACAAACAUACCAAAGCGGAGCCUCGUACUAUGGCUCUGCCCAGUAUAAUGAAAACACAUAUGGUCCGUCCGUGCCUCGGAUUCAGAAUCCCUUCUCCGCUCCGGGAGCUGACCAAGCAAACAAUUAUGGUAUGCGCGGGAAGAACUUUGGGCGCAAUGAGUCUGGUUUAGAUCCGGAGACAGAAGCACAGAUUGCACAGUGGCAAAGUGCCUAUGCGAACAGAGACGAAACACAGGCGACGAGCAAGGUUCCUGGCCGCCGAGACGGAUACACGGUGUCCGGCGCCGGCUCCGGGGUCAAUACCCCCUCCGGCACCGCUACAGCAGCUACCACUCCGGCACCCGUUACAGGCCAGGCCGAGCCACAGACGACCGUUGCUCGGGCUGGUGGUGGCCAGACCUGGACCGACUCAACUCUUUUGGAAUGGGACCCCGCACAUUUCCGUCUUUUUGUAGGAAACCUUGCCGGCGAAGUCACGGACGAUUCGUUGCUGAAGGCGUUUGCGAAGUACACGUCCGUCCAGAAAGCCCGGGUGAUCCGCGACAAACGCACUCAGAAGAGCAAAGGGUAUGGGUUCGUCAGUUUCAGUGACGGAGAUGACUAUUUCAAAGCCGCGAGGGAAAUGCAAGGGAAGUAUAUUGGGUCCCAUCCUGUCCUACUCCGCCGUGCCACUACUGAGGUCCGUCCGGUGGCUAACGCAAAGAAUGGUAAAAAGCACGGCGGUGGGGGUGGCUCGGGAGGCAGCCACGGUGGAGGAAAAGUUAAGCAUGAUGGAAUUAGAAAGCCUGGAAAGACCAAGGGUGGGCUUAAAAUCAUCGGAUAGUGCGCAGGUAUUUAGAUUGUAUUCGUACGCUGAGCGUUCUUAACAUAAAAUUAUAAUGAUACACAUUUGAGUCCUUUA